AGUAACUCACUACGAAUUCGUUCGUUGACUCGCGCAGUCGCAGCCGCAAGUCGAAAAAAGUAGGUUGAAAUCAAAAACGUGGCCGGUCGGACGUCGCGCAUGCGCAAACCAAAAAUAAAAAAAAAUAUAAGAAAAGAAGAAGCUGCGAAGAAAAAAUCCCUCUUUAUAUAUAUUUAUUUAUAUAUAUGUAAAGCCCAUUUCAUCAGUUGUCUGCGGUUUGCCGUCCAUCCCAACAAAUUACAAAAAGAGCAGAGGUAAUGUAAAGAUGACCCCGCAUUCGACGACCAUAAGAUGAUCGAGGCCUUUGCGAAUCAUUUGAGCAGCCAUCUGGGACGCCACCUAUUCUACUGGGCCAUCGAAUCGAGCAGCGCCACUUCGGGAAACUACGGCCUCAACCUGCGGCUCUCCGAGCUGAUCAACAAGUUCCACGGCCCCCUCGAGCGGGGAGUGCAGGUGCUGGAUCACCUGCUAACCCUCGAGGAGGACGACUUCGCCGGCCAUUGGGGCAGCGCCUAUGCGCACAACUAUGAGCCGGAGUACGCAGCUCGAGUGCCGGAGAACGAGGAGCUGCCACCACCAGAACAGAUGGAAACCCUCAACAAUGGCAAUGGGUUGCUUCACUCGCCGCCCCACAAUCACCAACAGCAGCAGCAACAACAACAGCGAGGCGGAGGAGGAGCAUCACCAGCUGGAGGAGGUGCCUCUGCCGGAGCGGAUCACAAUAUCCAGAUAACGCAGCCGAUAAGUGCCCCAUCCUCACCGUUGGCCUCACCAGGAGCCCUGAACAGCAGCAGCAGUGGAGGCGGCGCAGGUAGUGGCGGAGCAAUCUCCGGUAGUCCUACAGCGUUUUGCCUGCCCUCCAGUUCAGCCGCGGCGGCUGUUGCUGCCAUCUCAGCCACUCCCACAAGCGGCAGUGGAUCGUAUGUGUGCUCCGCCGGAACCAAUUGGCAUUUCGCGGCCGUGGCAGCAUCCAAUGCCAUCGAUACUGCUGAUCCCAACUGGCAAGCCAGCAAAGCAACUGUUCUCGAGAGAAAUGCAGCCAUGUUCAAUAAUGAGCUGAUGUCCGAUGUUAAGUUCAUCGUGGGUGGGGAGUUCGAUAUUGAUCCCAUUCAAACCAUUCCCGCCCACAAAUACAUUCUCGCCACUGGCAGCUCCGUAUUCUAUGCCAUGUUUUAUGGCGGACUGGCGGAGAACAAGCAGGAAAUCAAAGUGCCUGACGUGGAACCCACUGCCUUCCUAACGUUGCUAAGGUACCUCUAUUGUGAUGAAAUCAAACUGGAACCUGAGCACAUCCUCGCCACCCUAUAUGCCGCCAAGAAGUAUAUUGUCCCGCAUUUAGCCAGGGCCUGUGUUAACUAUUUGGAGGUGAAGUUGACGGCAAAAAACGCCUGCCUACUUCUCAGUCAAUCGCGUCUGUUCGAGGAGCCCGAGCUGAUGCAACGUUGCUGGGAAGUGAUCGACGCACAGGCCGAGAUGGCGGUUAAGUCCGAGGACUUUGUGGAUAUUGACCUUAAGACAUUUGAAUCGAUCCUGUCAAGGGAGACACUCAACUGCAAGGAAAUCCACCUGUUUGAGGCGGCUCUUAAUUGGGCCUUGAACGCCUGCGAAAAGAUGAGUAUCGACGACACGCCCCAAAACAAACGUCGACUGCUGGGACAGGCGUUGCAUCUCAUUCGCAUUCCUACAAUGUCACUGGAGGAGUUUGCCAACGGCGUGGCGCAGACAGGCAUUCUCUCGUCGCAGGAAACUAUCGACAUGUUCCUUCAUUUUACCGCCAAGAUGAAGCCUUCGCUAGGAUUUCCUACACGCUCCAGGGCGGGUUUAAAGACACAGGUCUGCCAUCGAUUCCAGUCGUGUGCCUAUCGCUCAAAUCAGUGGCGCUAUCGCGGACGCUGUGACUCAAUUCAGUUCUCAGUAGACAGAAGAAUUUUUAUUGUGGGCUUUGGACUGUAUGGCUCAUCGACUGGCGCCGCCAACUAUAACGUCAAGAUCGAGCUUAAGCGUCUGGGUAGGACACUUGCCGAGAAUGAUACCAAGUUUUUCUCGGACGGAUCGAGCAAUACGUUCCACGUAUUCUUUGAGAACCCUAUUCAGAUCGAGCCCGAGUGUUAUUACACUGCCUCCGUGAUCCUCGACGGCAACGAGCUAAGCUUUUUUGGCCAGGAGGGUAUGUCGGAGGUGCUCAUGGGCAACGUGACUUUCCAGUUCCAGUGCUCAUCGGAGAGUACCAACGGCACUGGAGUGCAGGGUGGCCAGAUCCCAGAGCUAAUCUUCUACGGACCUACCACAGUGACUGCAAUGAGUUCACCUACAAAUUCAGUGUGUGCCACUCCCAUUGGUGGUAGUGGAUCAGCGAGUGGAGGACCUACAUCGACCGCGGCAGUCGGAACUGGUAAUUCAAAUGGCAGCAACGCAUCUGUUGGCAACAACGCUAACACUUCUGGGGAGGAUAUGACCGGCGAUGGAAGCACCUGAUGCGCACAGCUCUACUGUGCCGAAUGGCAGCAAAAGUGUUACUACCGUCACCAGCAGCAACAGAGGAGACCAACACAAUACAAAACACAGCAACCGCAGCAGCUACAGAUACAAAAUCGAAACUCAUGGGUUUUCAGUGCAACACAACAAAGCAAAUUGGAGUUUUAGGCGCAUAUAUAUAUAUAUAUAUAUACCAAGAUAGUAGAGUGCUCUAGUUUUCGUAAUAGUCCUAUAUAUAGUCAUAUAUACACCUAAAAGCAUAGACACAUAUAUAUACACCUCGGCAGUGCGUUUUAAAGCUCUAAGACAGUUGUCAAAACGAGAUCAUCUCAAAAUGGAAAGUCAUCCGAAGCAAGUCAUUCGAUAUAAGGAAUUUUCAAUAAUUGAAAAUAUUUCCUUCGAUAUCCCAAGUAUAUUAAGGAAAGUAAUUUCGACGGUUUUGCAGUUCUAAAACGCACUGUACAUAGUUUGUUGGUAAUGCAUAUAAAGAUAUUUUCAAAAUCGAAACAAGUUGAACAUAUACACCCAUAACUAUAUACAUAGAUACAGAUUAGUAGUUAACUCGAAAACUUAAUACGUUCCACGAUUUGAGAGGGCGGGAUAGGGUAAAAAGGGCGCUAUAUAGAGACGCAUACAUAAAUGCAAUAAGUGAAAAUCGGGCAAUCAGUCAAGCUAGCGUUAACCAAUAUUCUAAAGUUAAAGGGAGAGUGGAAAAACUAACAUAAUAUACCAAACAUAUUUUUGCCAGCAUAUACCUAACAGAUAUACACAUCCGAUCUGAUAAUGAUAUAUACACGCAUAUUGAUAAACUAUAGACCUAUACACUUCAAGGGAUAAUAAGCCAUGUUAAGAAUUGCAUACGACGAAUUUGAAAGCCAAGUUAACCAGUUUACGAAAUAGGAAAAAAAAAACAAAAUAAGAAAUCAAACGAUCUUGUACGAGUAUGCGCACAAAACCUUCUACAUACAUAUAUAUAUUCGAAUAUUAAUCUUGUAGUAUGCAUUAUCUAUUUCGUAGUUGUUCCAUUAUAUCUCUCAUACAUACACAUAUGCCUUUCUACUGAUAUUAAGCCCCGUAUUUUGCUGCUGUGCAUUAUUUUAGGCAGCUCUGCGCAACAAUCAGUUUUACGUUCGACUUUUAAAUUCCUUUGGAAAUUGUACUGAUUUUUUGCUUUUGAUAAGAAGACAAUUACGGUUUUUUUUAUAAAUAUAUCUAUAUAAAAAAAAUGUUAUCCUAUAUUGAUUAUGAAUCUAUUACCAUUAUGUACUCUAAUCAAACAAAAUACAUUAUUAGAUUUUUGCGAAUUUA